CUGUGCUACCAUCAUGUCUCGGAGCCCCCCUGGCAGCUCUGUGAGUGACAAGAGYUUUUUCCUGGAGUACCGCUGCCACCCGGAGCCGCCGUCCCCAGGCUCUCUCCCCGGGAAGCGGGGCUCGCUGGUGGCGCUGGACAACGCGCCGUGCUCGGCAGCGGGCCCUGCUGUGAUGGCUGAGCCCCGCCGCGUGGUGCUGAGCACAGAGAGCCCCGCRGCGCUGAAGGUGGGAACGCAGCAGCUCAUCCCCAAGAGCCUGGCUGUCUCCACCAAGACCAAGAGCCCUUCCCGGCACCAGAGCUUCGGCGCAGCAAGCAAGGAGCAGCUGUGCCCCAACCCGAAAAGGGCCUCSGCCCCCAGCAUUUCUCUGGAGGCAGAGGUGGAGGAUGACUAUGGGGGGGCUCUCAAGCGCAACCUGAGGAACAUGUCCUACCGCGCAGCCAUGAAGGGCCAGGGCGCAGAGCUGGAGCCCGCAAACACCGUCGCCUCGCUGAAGCCUGUACUGGAGGAGGGCAGCGCGAUGCCGGCCCGGAGCCCGGGCAGGAACAAGAAGACCUUCGGGCGGAAGCGAGUGCAGAAGCGCAGUGGCUCCUUCAAGGACCAGCCCCGGCUGUACCAGGAGAUCCGUGAGAGAGGCCUCAACUCUGUCAGCCACGAGUCGGACGAGGAUUUGCUGGAGGAGACCAUCCCGGAGGAGCCGUCGCCCACGGACACCGCCAUCGUGGUGCAGAGCUACCGGCCGGCGCAGGCCACGUGGAGCCAGCUGCCCGAGGUGCUGGAAGCCGGCAUCCUCGGCAGGAUAUCCCUGGAGGAGCGCAAGCGGCAGGAGGCAAUGUUUGAGAUCAUCACCUCCGAGUACUCCUACAUGCACAGCCUCAACGUCCUGGUGUGCCACUUCAUGAGGUCGGAGGAGCUGAAGGAGACCAUGACCCAGACCGAGCACCACCACCUCUUCUCCAACAUCAGCGACGUCCUGGCGGUCAGCACGAGCUUCUUUGAAGACUUGGAAAAGCGACACCAGGAAAACCUCCUUAUUCCUGACAUCAGCGACAUCGUGGAAGAGCAUGCUUCGAACCACUUCAACCCUUACGUUAGUUACUGCUCCAACGAAGUCUAUCAGCAGAGGACGCUGCAGAAGCUGCUAGCCACAAACUCCACUUUCAAAGAGGUCUUGAAACAAAUUGAAAGGAAGCCAGAAUGUGGAGGCCUGCCAAUGAUAUCAUUUCUCAUUCUCCCUAUGCAGAGGGUAACACGGCUUCCUCUGCUCUUAGAUACUCUCUGUCAAAAAACAAAAGCAUGCACUGCAGCAUACGGAGCUGCCACCAGAGCUCUGAAAGCCAUCAGCAAGCUGGUCAAGAACUGCAACGAGGGAGCUCGUGCUAUGGAGAGGACAGAGCAGAUGUACACCUUGCAGAAACAGCUGGAGUUUGGAAAAAUGAAGCCUUUUCCAUUGGUUUCUGCUUCCCGAUGGCUGUUGAAGAGAGGGGAGCUCUACCAGCUCCUCUCAGAAGAGUCAGGAAUCUUCCGUAAAGGCUCCGGCAGGGUUUGCUACCUCUUUCUGUUCAACGAUGUCCUAAUCAUAACCAAGAAGAAAAGCGAGGAGAGCUACACUGUAAUGAACUAUGCCACGCUGGAUCAGAUAAGAGUGGAGAAAAUCGAGAGCACAGAGCCACCUUCCCCGCCUCCUGGCAAAGCGGGGACCGGCGGCGCCGCGCGCGGCACAGCCAGCGGGCACCUCUUCCGCGUGGUCAUGGAAAAGAACAGCGAGAGCCGGCGGGAGGAGAUCGUGCUGCUGGCGGAGACGCUGAGUGACCGGGCCCGGUGGAUUGCUGCCCUCAUGCACAGAGAACAGGAGAAGCUGGACGCCACUCCUAAAGGAGAGCUGAGCCAAGUGGAGAUCACCCGCGCCUACCUGGCUAAACAGACGGAUGAGAUUUCCCUGCAGCAUGCAGACGUCGUGCUGGUCCUGGGCGGGGAGGAUGGCUGGUACUGGGGUGAGAGGCUCAGGGAUGGUGAAAGGGGCUGGUUUCCCCAGUCGUGUGCUCGGCAGAUCACCAGCCGCGUGGCCGUGGAGUGCAACGUGCGCCGGAUGGAGCGGCUGCGGAUAGAGACGGAUGUGUAGCUUGUGAGCCACGGAGGAAAACCUCCCUCUUGACUUGGUUUCAAGGGUCUUCAAGCCUCUGCAGACUGAGCCUGAAGCAAGAAGACGCUGGGAASUCCGUUCUUGAAUUCUUGGCUUGAACAGCCACAGGAGGCAGAUCUUAGUGCUCAAGACUGGUCGUUGCAGUAGGAGCAGCGGCAGUUAAUUAACAUGAGACCUGUCAUCAGGCACUCCUGGCCAACACACUAGUAAUCCCAUGGAAGAGGCUCCAAGAGGCGUUGGCUCUUGCUUUCAAAAAUAAACUUGGGCAGAUUGUGGCCAUGUUCCUGGGUUCAGAGGAGAGGCUAAUGCUGCCAACUGUGCCUGCUGCUGUGCCAUUGCCGCACACCUUGUACGUGAAAGCAUGUGGUAUAAGAGCAUACC